AUGGACACUGACGGCACAGAGAGCUUCUACUCCGAGCCGAAACAGCUCACUGCUGCCCAGCGCAAGAAGCUCAAGAAGAAGCUUCAAUUCAUGGAACUAGAGGCCAAAAUCGCAGAAGAGAAAGAUAACGCACCGGACCUCAGGGCAGCGGAGGACGAGGACCUAAGACGGCAGCUUGCAGCAGUCGGCAAAGCUGUCUUCAAGAUACUGGGUGACGGGAACUGCCUCUUCAGGGCUGUUGAACACCAACUGAAGCAGGCAUGCGAACGAGGGUCCAAACUGUUAGCACUAAGCCACGGUCAACUGAGGCACAUGGCCAUAGAAUACAUCCGGACACACAGAGCUGACUACGAGGCUUUUAUUGACACAAAUGACAGUAACACAAGUGAGGACGGCGACGCAUUCGAGAACUACUGCAAAAAGAUGGCGCAAGACGGCGAAUGGGGGUACGCAGACGAUUUAGGCAUUCAAUCACAAAUGACGUGCAGUGGACAGCUCGAAAUAAGGGCUUUAUCAGCAGUGCUGGGUUGCAAGAUCGUCGUUCACGCACAGGGCGUACCUCCCAUGGAAUAUGUAAGUGGCAUUGCACGCACUUUCACUGGUCAACGCGAAUAA